AUACCGACACAUGUGCUUUCUCUUUGUCACAGUCCCAUACAGGAAAUCAUUCAAACUCAUACCUACGCUGAAAAGUUAACGUGUGUAUUCAAUCAGCCUUUCCUUUCAAACUGAUGAAGAAUGUACCUUAUUCACUGUGGACACUUACGCUUACAUACUUACAUAGGGUAUAUCAGUCAUCUAAUGUGGUCCACACUAACAUUUAACGAUCCGCGAUAAGGCUUUAUAACCUCUAUAGGCGUGACUGCUGGAUGCAUGACACAGGGGGAACACCUGGUCCAAAGCGUACAAAUAUACUGAAUGACGUGGAGGUGUGCAUCGGUUAGGUUUGUGUGAGCCUCUGUCAUCCCAAACGGCUGUGACUGUCCUGCAGGCCUACAGCUGUAGUACCAUCGAGAAAGGAUAUUCGUGAAAAGAUGCUUACCUUUUGUACUACAGUAUAUGGCACCUGGUGAAAAGGAAAUCAACAGUUCGGAGCUCAUUGUUCUAAGUAAUCAGAAACGAAGGUGAGAACGUUUUAGCAAAGUGCCAAGGCAAAAUGAUGGCGAAGUGGAUGACAGCGUGGAGGUGCGUAUACUUCAUAUAUAUUUGUCUCCAGUUUAGCGAGUCGAAACAUUUGGUGAAACGCCAAGAAAUAGACAAUCCACUUCCCGUGUCGACAACAAACGCGCUGGAUAGUCCUCUGCAAACGACACAGACGUUUGACCAGUUCCUGGAAGAAAUGUUUAAAGAUUUGGGCAUCGACUUCAAUAAAAACGACACGGAUACCGUUAAUAACCAAAGCGUGGCUAAUGUCACACAAGGAGAAUCGCUAACAUCUUUGUCUCCGUCCACAGAAAGUCAGAACAGGACAGUUAUGGCUACCGUUACCUUUAAUCCCAGCGGUGCCACACAGCUUCCAAACGAGGAAAACAUAUCGUCCAUACCGCCUGAAGAUUUGGAGUCCAUGACAACGACAGCAACAACAGCUUCUAGAAAUACUGACUUGUUCAACAACCAUGUUACCUUGACAACGUGGUUCACUGACACAACGGAUGGGCCUACCGACACCAGUCUGAACAACGAAAAUUGUCGCGUCAAUCCGACUCUGACCGAUUUUUGCAUACUUCCUGUGGAGAUCACAAAUUUCCUCGGACCGUCAGCGACUCUCCACGACUUGUCGGAUUACCUCGUGUCGAUGGAGGUCGUGCACAUGCUCACGAAGGAAUGUUCUCCGGGGAGCUGGUGUCUCGAUUCGCUUCACGCUUUCCACCAUUUGGAAGAGAAAAUCGCGUUUUGGUCGAAUUCCUCGGAUUUCAUGAACCUAUGCUGGCAGCCAAUUGACGGCUGUCUGCGAUCCGUCGUGGACUAUUUCACCGGAUGUGAUGUUUAUCAGAUGUACGAUUUGAUCGCGGAGACAAAGAAAUUAUUGUGCGAGAUGAAGGAGGAGCCAUUAGCGUCACGUGACUGCAUGGAGCAGACGCUGAAAGCCCUGCACGUGUCAAUGGCGGACUUUCACCGCGAGGACACUGUAAGCAUUGGUAAAAUACGGCACCCCCGGCUAUCAGUAGACAGUUCAAUUCCAAACUGA